AUAGCAAAUUCAAUGAUUAGAGUUAAUAUUAAAGUAUUGGGUUUUGUUCAUGAGCUAUUUCUCCUCACCCCUACCCACCCACCAACCGAAAACACCGUCGAUUUCGACUCUACAUAGCAAUAAGAGAUCAUUCAACAACUUCACUUUAACCCUCAAAAUCUAAAUCCAAACCAAAAUUUCAUCCAAAUCUCAUCAGAUUCAACACUCGCAAAUCUGCUGUCUAUCGUUUUCUGGGUUUAAUGCAGAUGAUAAAAGUGAGUGAUGAAUGAACGUAAAACUCCAUGUGUGUAUGAAGCUGUUUCUAGCAUGCACCGCUUCACUACGUGUUAUUGAGCUGAUAAUAGAGAGGUGGAUAAUAUAUUAUGACGAAUCAAUUGGUGAAGGUGAAGAGAGAUGUGAUUGCGGCAUGCAUGACAUGCCCUCUUUGUCAUAAUCUCUUCAGAGAUGCAACUACCAUUUCCGAAUGUCUUCAUACGUUUUGCAGGAAAUGCAUCUACAAGAAGCUGUCCGAUGAAGAAACGGAACACUGUCCAAUUUGCAAUAUUGACUUAGGCUGUGUUCCUUUAGAGAAACUGAGGCCAGAUCAUAAUCUGCAAGAUGUGAGAGCAAAGGUAUUCCCUUAUAAGAGGCGAAAGGUGAAUGCACCUGAAAUUGUGACUUCAGUAGCGUUGCCAGUGAGGAGAAAGGAGAGAUCACUCUCGUCACUUGUGGUCAGCACUCCAAGAGUAUCUUCACAAACUGGAAUAACAGGAAGAAGAACAAAAUCGGUGGCAAGAAAAGCAUUAUGUGGUUCCAACUUUUCAAUUGAGAAAUCUCUCAAGAAUGAAGAUGGUUCUGGAGAAGAUCAGCUGGAUAGCUCUAGCUCACUUGAGACUUUGAACAAGUUCACUCAGAACAUGAGGCUGAAUUCUUCCAGUGCUGAGCCUUCUAGUCACCCUACACCUGAUAAAGAAACUGAAAAUGGCAGUCAACAGUGGGAAGGCAAAGUUGAUUUGUGGAAACCUUUAAAUUGUUUGGUGGAAGCAGCAAACAGGAGCAAAUCUUCGAGGUUUACCUCAGACGGUUCUACCGCUAAGUCAGAAGGUCGGCAUUCCCAUGACCGUGAGGGUCAUGUCCGUAAAACUAAAGUCAAAGAACAUGGACAGAAAUCAAAGAUCAAGGAUGACAAUAAUAGUGAUCCUGCUCCUCCAGAAUUUGACAAACCUAAAAAGUCGCGUAGAAUUCGCCAAAAGAAGGCAUCAUUUUAUGGGGAGUUUGAUAUUUCACCGCAAACUUUUCUGGAUGCAACCACUGCCAGAUGUGAAAAGAGAAUCUAUCCAAUAUGGUUUUCGUUGGUGGCCUCGGAAGACCAGGAGGGAGAUGCACCCUUGCCACAGAUUUCUGCAAGUUACUUGAGAAUAAAGUACAAUUCUGCAACUCGUCUAUUUUUUGGUGGCUCUGGGGAAGUCACAGUCACGUUGCAUAAAGACAGAGAAUAUAAGCUAAUAAUGGGAUGGCAAUAUUCCUGUUUGUUUCAUCCAAAAAUACCUGAUGCGGAAGUUGGAUCUUAAGAGCGAAGACGAGGUUGAGAUUAGAUGUAUGGGACAAUCAAUCGUCCCCAGUUUACCACUGAACAGUUUGGUUGAUAUGUGGCUUCAAACUACCCCAUCUGAAAGAAUACCAGCAAUUAUUGGUUCAUCGGCAAAGGAUUUUGUUAUGGGACUAGCUUAUGCUCGAAAGUCCCCAGGCACUGCGGCAUCUUGAGUUAUUAUCACUGCAUUUCUAUACUUGAUAAACUACAUGAGAGCUAAUCAUAUGUUGAAGUAGCAGAGCGGAAUUGUUAUAAGAACCAUUGUGCCUCAUCAUAUUGUGAGUUGUAGACUAGUAGGUUGUUUUCAACUGCUGCGACUCAGCAGUAAUCGAGGAACUAGAUGACGAGGAAGAUGAUACUGAAAUCCAAGUUGGGCCAUUCUGGCCACCAUGCUUUCAAGUUCACUCUCUCUCUCUCUGUCUCUGCAAUGUGUUGUAUGGUUGUACACUACCUGAGUGAAUCUUGAUAAUGUUUUUUCAUUCAUGUCUUUCAUAUCUCAAAAUCUUAAUAUAAUAUAUAUAUAUAUAUAUAUACACAAUUUAAUUUAUUUUUCCAAGGUA